CUUCAGGAAGUUCCCUCCCAUUAUUUGGAUUUUCAGUUACUGCGUUAUGUGUAGUUUUAAUAUGAGAUAGUAAGCCAUCAAAUAUGAAGUUACGGUCUUUAUAAUUGCAUGAUUAGCAGCUGACAUUAAAGUGGACCUUAAGAAAAUGCCUUUGCUAAUUCAAAAUAGAGGACUUGACCGCAUAAGCUCGACAGCGGAGCUGUUCGACAAAUAUCCACAUUUACAGGAAAAUGCAAGAACAUUUAGCUCCAAACCACUUGUUGAUGUCGACCCAAAGUGCCUGUUGUAUGUCCAACAAAGAGAGUUUGCUGCAACAACACCAGCAGACGACAGCGUUUCAGUCAUUGGAUCUGGUGAUGCCACCACCUGCCAUCUGGUUGUGCUGCGACACACCGGAAGUGGAGCCGUUUGCCUCGCUCACUGUGACGGCUCCAGCACCUGGUCUGAGGUCCCGCUCCUUGUGAAGGCGGUGACGUCACUGAGUAACUUCAGUAAGGAGGGCAGACUUGAGCUCCAUCUUGCCGGGGGAUUUAACGAUGAGUCAGAAACAUCCCAUAAACUCAGCCUCAACACACUGGCAGCGUUCCAGAAACUAAAAGAGGAUAUUCAUCUGGAAACAUGUUGCAUCACAGAAAUGAAUGACGUCGUUGUUGAUGGAACUCACCGGCCUGUAGUGUAUGGAAUAGGUGUAAAUGUUAAAACGGGGGAAGUGUUCCCUUCGUCAUUCAAUCAUAAAGGACCUGCAGAGGAGCUGCGAUCGGCAAGGACCUUCACUGGGGGACAGAUGGCAGACAUAUAUGACUCAAGUCGAGGGCUUGUUAAAAUCGGGCCUUGCAAGUGGUCUUCAAAUUUGGAUAUUGCCUUCUGGUUGUCACAAAAUGAUGACACAAUUUUAAAGUACCUGUCCACCUCUCCGCUGGCUGAGCCGCCACACUUUGUCCAGCACAUGAAGACCACCAUCCAGUUCCUGUUAGACCACCCCAGCUCUGAUAGCCUGUUCCCCGGGGGUCAGCCUCAGCUCUACCACAGGACUGAGAGGGGGGACUGGGAGAGAGCUGUUUAGUCAUAGAGCUCUACUCGUAUCUCUCACUGGACCUCUCCGUGGAACCUGACUGUUUUUUGCCUCUCAGCUCGAUGGAUACACUGUGACCCAUCCACCCAUUGUCUGUAUUUUGUUCAUUGUGUCUUAACAUGGAGGUAGCCCCUGGCUGGAGCAUGCUGUGUGUAUGUUGAAUGGCUCUCCAGACUCAUCUGGCUGGUCCAGCGGAAAGAGUAGAGAAGGUACACGUGGUUCUGUUAGUGCCUGUAACAAUUCAUUUGGAGAUGGUGUCAAGUCUGCAGCGUAUACCAUCUGCUGUGUUGCAGUAAGUCACGGUUAAAGUCCUACUAUACUUGACAUUUUUGUCUUAUGUCCAGUUCAAAAAUACUUACUUUUCCUUUUUGAAUUUUUUUUUUUUUUAGCCCCAAAACUAUGGUUGCACUUUUUCCAAAGCAUAUUUUUUUUCUAUUCACUUCCUAACUUGCAUGCAUCCAUCGUUCAGCGCACAGCAGUACACUCAAGCAACUUCUUCAUUUAUUUGCCUUCAUAUGUUUAUCAGUUACUGUGUCGCCAGGAAGUCGAAGCUGGCCGAUCCCAAGCAAGUUUUAACUCUGUUUUUCUGGGAGGUAUUGCAAUCUAAAACUAAACUUAAGUAUGCCAUGGAAAUGUAUGCACAAUAUGUAUUUACUAGGUGGAAAAUGUGAAACCAUAUGAAUGAUCUAAAGCGUGACCAACUCUGGCUGCAACUUGCUCCAACGACAAUGAAAAAUAUGUUUAUUUUGGCACUUAGUUUAAAACGUAUUGCUGCGCUCUGCAUUGUUAAAGAGUUGAGCGAAGUUUAUUUUUCUCUACAAACGCACCUUCCUGAUGACAAUGGAAUGUAUUUGACUUCAUCAUUCCGCUGCAUGUGUAGAGUAAUCUGCAAGGGACGAU